AUGGGUUCUGCUGGCCCUUCUCUAUCUUUCAAUGUCCUUCGGGACACCAUACCAGAAGAUAGCUCGCUACCUGCUUUCAUGGUCUCGACUACAAGAGGCUUCCUUCCUCGCUCCAACCCCAUCGUCAAACUCCCAGCUGAGUUCGACAUUCUUGAAUCUAUUCUGAGUCGUAUGCCCGUCAAGACUCUCGAUGGAACACCAGGCCUUCUGGCCACAUUCACCUUAGGAGAGACAGUACUUAAGGAACUUCCCGAUCUAACCAGUGCAAUUGAUAAGUAUAAGGACGAUCUCCCUUUGCAGAAUGCCUUGUAUCGCGACUACUCUUUCUUGGCUUCAGCAUACUUGCUUGAGCCAUGUCAUGAAAGAUUCUUGAAGGGUGAACCAUAUGGUCUUGGUCGCCAGACUUUGCCUUCGGUUAUCUCUUUGCCUAUCUCGAGAUGCGCGAAGCUAGCUGGAUUCAUGCCAUUUAUGGAAUAUGCAGGAUCAUACGCGCUCUUCAACUACCAACUCGAGGACCCUAAAGCUGGCCUCGCCUACGACAACCUUCGUCUGAUCCGUGCCUUCGAGCACGGCCUUGACCCAAAAUCCUCUGAAGCAGGGUUUGUCCUCGUUCACGUCGACAUGGUGCAAAACUCCGGGCCUCUCGUUGACGGUGUCGUCACAGCCUUAGACGCAUGCGAAAACAACGACCGUGCGGCCUUCAAUUCCGGAAUGGAGAAAGUCGUCUCGAGCAUGGCGAAAGUCAAUAAAGUCAUGGAUGGUAUGUGGGGGAAGAGUAAACCAGGAGACUAUAUUUCGUUCCGAACCUUUAUAUUUGGAAUCACAAGUCAGUCUAUGUUUCCUCAUGGCGUAGUCUACGAGGGUGUUUCCGAGGAGCCGUUGAGUUUCCGAGGUGAGAGCGGUGCGAAUGAUAGCAUGAUUCCGCUUUGCGAUAAUUUACUUCAGAUCAGCAUGCCGGACACGCCUUUGACAGCCAUCCUCCAAGAUUUCCGCUCCUACCGCCCGGGAAACCACAGAGAGUUCCUUGAAUACGUCAAGAAUCGCUCUCUGCACCUGUCUCUCAAAUCUUACGCUCUGUCUGAUCCCUCGUCCGCUGCUCUGUAUCUGUUGGCGCUGAAUCAAGUCCGAGAUUUCAGAUGGAGACAUUGGUGUUUCACUCGUGAGUACAUCUUGAAGAAGACGAGCCAUCCUGUUGCGACGGGAGGAAGUCCUAUUGUGACUUGGUUGCCAAAUCAGUUAAUGGCUGUGAUGGAAGGUAUGGUUGAGGUUUGGGAGGGGAGUGAGGAGAAUUUGGGGAAGGAGUGCGGGGAGGUUAUGGAUCUGUUGUAUGUGCAAAGGGAGACGUUGAAGAAGGAGGUUGAGAAGUAUUGUAAGGAGAGGGGUGUUGAUGCUCGGAAGGCUUGA